AAGGCAGCAUGUCAUACCUGGUGAGCUAUCAUUUCUGACAGGUGUCCAUCAAGCUGCUGUAUAUAUUCGUGGUCUGGAGGAAACAAUCCAGACUGGAAUCUCAGCACCAUGGGGCCCUCACUUGCACCCCUCCUCAUCCUCGCUGUCAUCUCUUGUGUUUGUGGUCAGAAUGCCCCACCCUCAGGUGGCAGCACCAACUCAAUGCCUGGUCUAAGUCGGUACCUGGAACAGCUCAGAUUGGCAGCGCAGUUGCAGGCAGGUCGAAUGGCAAGCCAGUCAGGAAAUACCAACCCGACAGGACAGAGCCAGACUCCACCAGUGUCGAGCAUGGGUACGUCGGGGAUGAUGCCUGCGAAUGGAGGAAUGUCCAACGGUGGCAUGACCAUGGGAAUGCCUUCAAAUGGAGGAAUGUCCAUGGGAGGGAUGCCUUCAAAUGGAGGAAUGCCCAUGGGAGGGAUGCCUUCAAAUGGAGGAAUGCCCAUGGGAGGGAUGCCUUCAAAUGGAGGAAUGCCGAUGGGAGGAAUGCCUUCAAAUGGAGGAAUGCCGAUGGGAGGAAUGCCUUCAAAUGGAGGAAUGCCGAUGGGAGGGAUGUCCUUUCAAGGAAUGCCAACUGGUAAUGGAAUGUCAAUGGGAAUGGGACCCAAUAGCAGAAUGUCCAUGGCAGGAAUGUCCCCUAUGGGCAGAGGAGGAAUGUCCAUGGGAAGAAUGUCAAUGCCGGCUGGAUCGCCAGGGGGCGGCAUGGCAUCUUUUCUAAGCAGCAUGAGAGGGACCGGGGCUCCAGGUAUGGGAAGACCAAUGACGCAAAACUCGCGGCUGAUGAUGCAGAUGACGCUGUAUGAGAGGAAGAGGACCUUGCUGAAGAACAUCAUCAAGCUGUACGAGAACCACGGCUGUAUUGACCCAGUCCAGAAGCUGCCCGAUGGUACCAUAUCGUCCAUGGCAAUGAGCGCAGGAUGCGCUAACAGUCCUAUUGCUAACUUCACCUGCUCCCGCUAUGCAGUCAACAAGUUAGGUGCGACGAAUGUUCUUGCCCAGAGUGCAAUGCCGGCUAUGCAACAGAGCAUGUAUGUAACUCGACUUCAAGGACUUAGUCCCUACAACAUGUUUAAUGACUAUCUCGUGGGAAGGAGCCCACGUGGUCAGAUGAAUCCUGCUAUCUUCCGGAUGGUCAAUGGGCCAGAGGGACUUGGAACUGGUCCAGCGUUUAGCGGGGAGCGUCUUGAUAUGAUCAAGAACACAAGGAUGAGGCUCCUUCCCUACCAGUGCCAGGACAUCGGGGCCGGAAACCUGCAGAUGGGCAUCUGCUGUCCGGGACCAGUGUCAUUUGACCCUCAGCUUGAGAUGCUGGUGUUGUCGGACCUCGUUCAUACAUAGAAGGGUCAACAGCACCAUCGACGGCGACAGGAACGCCACCGGAACCAGGGGACAUAUACGAACACUGUGGACAUCUACAACUUGUGUAUAUAUACGAACACUGUGGACAUUUUAACUGCGCAUAACUGAACAGUGCUCAAGAAAAGUUCUUCUUGAUUUAAUAAAUUAAUAACCCGAACUUCAAUCUGACGCUUCGAAUCCAGAUGGUCUAUGUUUGGUUGGUAUUAAUACAGUCAUGUCCUACACAAAGUGCUUCCCCAUAAUGCUGGUGUCAUUUCCUAAGUUCUUCUGAUAAACCAAAGAGUGUGUAGUAUAUCCAACAAUGCAAAAUGUAGGUAUAUCAUAUUUUGUGAUAUGUGUAUGUGUGAUAGACUGAAUAGAGGUCUUCAAGAGCCAGUGCGAGAAACACUAGUACAUGCGGAUGACAUGCAGGCUACCAACACGCUUGUAGAAACACAGCUUAAAGUUCUACUCAAGAUUCAUUUAAACAUGUAUGUCUAUCAUGUUUAGAAAGAAUGUUUUAUUUCUCUAUUCAGAUUUUGUGAAUAAAUCAUGUGAAGUA